GCGCGUCUUAAGUCAACGUCAGCUCUUCCUCACUAAGAAGCUGCCUGGAAGCUACGUGGCCUUCACUCCUCUGACUGUCUUCUCAUCAGACACGACAGAAACAGCAUAAACACCAUGGAUCAGGUAAUGCAGUUUGUUGAGCCUAGCCGGCAGUUCGUCAAAGACUCCAUAAGGCUCGUAAAAAGAUGUACAAAACCCGACAGAAAAGAAUUCCAGAAGAUUGCCAUGGCCACAGCGAUUGGGUUUGCCAUCAUGGGUUUCAUUGGUUUCUUUGUCAAACUCAUUCACAUCCCCAUCAACAACAUCAUUGUUGGUGGUUAAAUCCUGGUCAAGCAAAAACACAAACUUCAAUACCCGGGGACAGGAGACGGUGAAGAGAUGCGGAUUAUUGGGCUGGUGUGAUUGGGGACUGAAGGGGUGGCAUUUUUACAUUCUGUGCACAACAUUUCUAUUUUCGCUGUGUAAAUAAAACAAAUGGAAACCCAGA